CCUUGUCUCAUUCUCCAAUAAACCAAUAUUUGCAAAUUCCAAGACUUGAGAGACCUAGCAAUGGCUCUGCCUAAGUUACUGCUUCUAGCACUGUGCAUUUCCCUGUUUGUCGUAUCAAGUUGUGGGAUGGACUUUUCUAUUGUGGGUUACUCGCCAGAAGACUUAACUUCCAUGGAUAAACUUAUUGAGCGAUUUGAAGAAUGGAUAUCAAAGCACGGCAAGAUUUAUGAGACUAUUGAAGAGAAGUGGCAUAGGUUUGAGGUGUUUAAGGACAACUUGAAGCACGUUGACGAAACAAACAAGAAAGUGAGUAGUUAUUGGCUUGGACUUAAUGAGUUUGCUGAUUUGACCCACCAAGAGUUCCAAAAUAUGUAUCUUGGUCUGAAAGUCGAUUCGUCUCGAACAAGGCAAUCCCCAGAAGAGUUCACCUACAAGGAUGUCGUAGAUUUGCCCAAGUCGGUGGAUUGGAGAAAGAAAGGAGCUGUCGCUCACGUCAAGAACCAAGGUUCAUGUGGUAGUUGCUGGGCCUUUUCGACAGUUGCUGCUGUAGAGGGGAUAAAUAUGAUUGUUAGUGGAAAUUUGACUUCGUUAUCAGAGCAGGAACUAAUUGAUUGCGAUAGACCUUACAACAAUGGGUGCCAUGGGGGCCUAAUGGACUACGCAUUUUCUUUUAUUGUGUCUAAUGGUGGACUUCACAAGGAAGAAGACUAUCCUUAUCUCAUGGAGGAAAGCACUUGUGAGAACAAAAAGGAAGAACUGGAGGUAGUGACAAUCUCUGGCUAUAAAGACGUACCAGAGAACAAUGAGGCCAGCCUCAUAAAGGCAUUGGCACACCAACCGGUCAGCGUGGCCAUUGAAGCUUCAGGAAGAGAUUUCCAAUUCUACAGUGGAGGCGUUUUUGAUGGACACUGUGGAACAGAGCUUGAUCAUGGAGUCACAGCCGUUGGAUAUGGGUCAACAAAGGGAGUGGACUACAUCAUUGUGAAGAACUCCUGGGGACCCAAAUGGGGAGAGAAAGGAUAUAUAAGAAUGAAGAGGAACACUGGAAAGCCUGCAGGGCUCUGUGGAAUCAACAAAAUGGCUUCCUAUCCUACUAAAAAUAAGUGAAGAAAUUAACAAUGUCUUGUUCCCCACUUUAUAUUCCAAAGAUAUGGCUUUGACUUUGUUUUUCCCUUUUCUGUUUUCCUUUUUCUCUUCUCUCCCACGGACAUACAAUUCUGAAGAAUAUGUAUUGACAAUGGUAUUGUGAGAGAAAAACAAGGAAUUAUGAAACCUGUUCUGAUACUUUGUUCUAAAUGACAUGAUGAGUGUGCAAUUAGAUCAUAUGUGAUUGAUUGAAUGUAA